AUUGUGAGCAACUGCCUCAGUGAACAUAAACUGAAAUUCAAUUUAUGUGCCUACAAGCAGUAGGCUGGGAGUACCCAAGUUCCCUCAACCAGUUUCUGGAUAUCAACUGGAUGGGAAGAAUCUUCGAGGGCUCUCUGCUCACCCAAAUGCCAGAGCAUUGUAACUGGAUGUAUGUGGAAGGAAUGGAAUGGAUUGGAUUGCUAUUGGAUGAACCUAUUAAAGGAACGCUGAUCCUAGCACUACUUGGGAUGUUGGAUUCUUUACCGGGAAGAGGAGUGGAGGAUGAAAAACUCACAUCAUUUGUGAAUGAGGAAAUGGGACGCUUUCAUGGAACCUCUGGAUACGCUAUGACUAGGAUUCUUCUUAAUGCAUCACAUGGAACAACUUGCCGGAUACAUUUUGGAAAAUGGAUGGGACAACACUGGAGAGACCACGAUCUGCUCAGCAAGUGUCCGUCUUUCAUGGCCAUGGCGUAUCAUGGUGUGCCUCAGCUACCCCCUCAUCUCUGUUUCCCCCAUCACUCACUCAACACAUUCAGUUUUUGGGACCACAGUCGUUUCUUUGAAAUCCAAGCAGACUUAAGUUCUAAGGGUGUUCCCAAUGAUGGCCUGUUUCUAUUUUACAAGAUCUUUUUUCCAGAAGACACUGCUGGAAAGAAGGGCCAAAUCUACAUCAGGAUAUUGCAACCUGGUUGCAACUGGGACACGGAAGAGGAUUUGAUAUCUGCGAGGGAUGAUCUGGAAUUAUCAAGGGAUGGAUUCCAAGCAUCAGAAUUUGUUUGCAAGAGGACAUAACUAUUUGGAAGGGACCAAAUUUAGUUACAUACUUAUCCCUGAUAUUUGCUCUAAAUGUAUUUUUGCAUUUAUUGAAGGGUUAAUCCUUUUUAAAUUUGUUUGUCAGGGUUACCAGAUAAAUUAACCUGUGCAGGCACAGGCCUUGUCAAGCACACUUGCUCAUAAAGUACUCCUUGUCAACCAAUUUUCAAUACUUCCUUUGAGUUUUUGAACUUGUUGUAUACGUCAUUCUCCAACAACCAAGUAUAACAUUAUUUGGAACGGUAGACAGGAGUACACAAUCUUAGUAUUUUAAAGACUGAUUUUUAGUUGUUUUCUUUUCCUUAUUUUGGUAAUGUGGAAGUAUGCGAACUUCACAGUGUCAUUACUUUGACCCUUUUAAAACUGUGAGGAUCUCAUACUUAUUCAUUCUGUACAUUUGUACAGUUUCGGUAAAUUGUCUGUAAAAGAAACUUGCACUGUUUUAUUUGAAAUGACAGCCUCAUUUUCUGAUCUGAGGGCACUAGAGUAGGAGGCUUUUGGUCAGAUGGUGCUCUGUGUGCUAGCAUCAAAUAAAAUGUGUGAUCUAUUGAA